AUGGUCUUGCGCAAACGGGCUCCGCCACACCUGUAUAGUCUCAACAAGGGUAAUGCUCGUUCUGAACCUCGCUCCGCGAUCUCACAGAUCUCCCCUACCUCCAAAUCCGUGUCGUCUUCAUCUCCGAAACGCUUGACGCGCCCGAGACGAGCUCAAAGCUCUCCACAACCCCAUCGGCUUCCCUCUCAAGAAUCAGUAUUUUCUCCCGAUCUUAACACGUCCCCUGCAUUUGAUUUAAUGCCCUUGGAGCAAGCUCAGAGGUCUCCAGUUCGAUCCUCACCGAGCGAAAACAUGAACCCAUGGGCGGAUGAACUGGUGGAGCGACCCGGCCAGAACCAUCAGGGAUAUAACGGUUCGGGGCAAUCGGUCGCUGAUAAUGCUCCACCAGCCGAGAGUGCGGAGAAUAGAAGGGGAGACCGUGUACCGUCUAUUCUUGUUGCUAGCACCCAACGGAGGAUGGCCGCAAACGAAUGGCAGCAAAACGGAGAUGUCAACGAAGCUCCCGACUGGGAACACGUAGGAAACUCCCCAGCUCCGCUGCAGUCCAACAAUCCGUUCUUGAAGCCACGACAACCUGAACAGAAUCCAUGGGACGACAGAAGCCCUCGCCCCUUCUCAGAAGCAACUUCUGCAUCACAGGAUAGUGCAAAUGCACGUUUGGGACAAGAUGAAGGUUAUAUUCCAAUGACAGCGCGCUUAUCGCUUUUUGACUCGCCAUCGGAGUCUCCAUGGGCUGGAGAACGAUCUGCAGUGCCCCCGCCGAUCCUGCACGAAAACCAGUACCCUGCGCAAGAUCCGUCAUACCCCCCUCAACCAGCAGCUAGGGCUGCGAACGCCCAGUCUCCUUUCCAACCGCCUCAGACUACUCCCUACGAUACUCCAAAUACAUAUCCUCCACAACCGUAUCAGCAAGGGAAUCAAGCAAACCUAUCACCAUGGAAUGAAAUAAAUACACCUGCUACAGUUUCUACUGCAAACACUGGGUCUUCACAUGUUCUCAUUGACCUCAAUGAGGCAUCGGAUGCACACAUACAAACGAACCAGCGUACGGCAGCAUCCUCCGUGUAUUCCGACAUGAACGGGAGCCAACCACACCCAAUACCAUCAGAGAACAGUCAGCAAGGUGCUGCACCACCUCUUCCUGACCGCUCAAUUAUUCCACAGCCUAGUCAACCGACUUCUGAUACCCCAGUCUCCGAACAGAGAUCUGAAACUUAUUCGAUCAGGCAUGUCAAUUGGACUGACGCCACAGGAAAGCUGCGCGACUGCCCGAUUCUCGCUCAAAAUAAAAACGGACCGUGCCCAUUGCUAGCGCUGGUUAAUGCUCUCGUGCUGCGGUCAAGCCCCGAUUCCCAGCCCCCUAUAGUCAGAGCACUACAAACACGAGAACAGAUAUCUCUUGGUCUGUUGAUCGAAGCUUUGUUCGACGAAUUAACGACAUGCUUGGGGCCGGAUGACGAGCUUCCAGACAUUGAAGCCCUGAGUAGAUUUUUGACUAUGCUCCACACGGGCAUGAAUGUCAAUCCACGACUCACACUGGAAUCUAGCGAUUCGGUAGGCACGUUCCUAGAAACUAGUGAUAUGAAGUUCUAUGGCACUUUCGGCGUCCCGCUGCUCCACGGUUGGGUCGCUGAACCGUCUACAGAGGCCGAUGGGGCGUUGACUCGGGUGGCUCAGUUUUAUGAAGACAUCCAGCUUCUUCCCUUCCGCAAACAAGAAUUUGAGGAUCGUGUAUUUCGAGGCGGGUCACUCACCCCAGAGGAAGAGCAAAGCAUGAACGAUAUUCAAGUCAUUCAGCAUUUUACGGAGAUCGAGAAUGCCACCCAGCUCAGCACAUUCGGAAUUCAACACUUGACAGAAAAGCUGCCACCAGGGUCACUAUCGAUUCUAUUUCGUAAUGACCACUUCUCUACCCUCUAUAAACACCCACAAAACCAUCAGCUUUUCACACUAGUUACUGACGCUGGAUACUCCCAUCGGGCGGAAAUCGUAUGGGAGUCUCUCAUUGAUGUCAAUGGAUCUCAAUCCGGCUUCUUUGCGGGUGAUUUCCGCCCUGUCAGUCAUACCUCAACUGGGACCUCCGAUCCAUCCGGUCCAAGAACGUCCAGCAAUACUGGGCAUUCUGGAGCCCCCUCGGCAGUCUCACAAGAACAGCAGGGCAGAGCUUUAUCUCCACAGGAGCAGGCUGAUGCAGAUUAUGCUUAUGCCCUCUCCCUUCAACUACAGGAAGAAGAGCAACAAGCCAGUGGUAGGACUCCCCGUGACCGUAAUCAGCGAGCUUCCGUUCCAUACUACCCUCAAAGACCCUCUGAGGGGCCACCCCCUACUCGCCACCGCUCUACAGGGCAUCGUCCUGCGCAACAACCCGAGCGGCACUCGCCGUCUCGGGACGCCGAUGAUGUUCCGCCACCUUCUUAUGAACAGGUGGCCAAUAAUGCAGCCUAUCAGUCACCUCCGCGAAGUUCCAAUAAUAGAGCUGCGCCUUAUGUAGCUCCAUACCAAAGAGCCCAGUUCGGAAGACGACCGCCAGGUGUGCCUAUAGCAAUCGGACCAUCGGAUCGCCCUAAAGACCGAAAUAAGGAUUGUAUUGUCAUGUGA